CAGACCACGAACACUAUUGCUACUGAGGAGCCGUCCCUUAUCACUCAUGCUCCAAUGCCGCGGCAAUGAUCAGUAAUGCUCUGUCUUACCCAACCAAUAGCGUGACGUCCCACACACAUAGAUGGUGAGCCGCCGCCAAGUAGCCUCACUCUGCCCUUGGACGCCAUGACUGCCCGCCUGGUGACACCUCGCUGCUCCGCGCUCCUCAUCCUCCUGAUGGUGGCGGGAGGCAGCUGGUGCCAGACGAAGCUCCUCGACCCUGAGCCGCGCUUCUGCCGCACCCAGGACAACGCCAGCGCUAUCUUGUCCCCGGGGCGCCGCAACGAGUACCCGGCCGGUGGGGUGCUAAUGGUGCUGGCUAAGGUGCCCGCUGGACUCUUCGGUACCCUCCAGGUCUUCCUGUGUCCUGACGGUGAAUCGGAGGUGGAGUGUGAGGACAGGGUGCCGCUACAGCUAGCUGACGGCUCCGGCAACAGCUACAGCCUGCAGAAGGUUCCUCGCACUGACAACUAUGAGAUCCCGGUCAUUCUGCCCGACAACAUCACCUGCCAGGUCUGCACUCUGCAGCUGCGUGUGCUGACCCGCGACUGUGCCGACGAGGAGGGCGUGGAGGGCGAGGAGGCGCCGUGCACGGCGGAGGUGGUCACCUUCUGCUCGGACAUCACCGUCAGGGACAUCAAGGAGCAAGAGAAGAGGAUUUUUGCAUUUCUUGGGUCUCUUCUUGGAAAAUUCAUCGGUAAGUAGAAGUACUCGACGCCGCUGUGUGGACCCCUUCAUGGCUUCCUGAGAGGUCUUAAAGAACCUGGCACUGCCUGCCUACAUUCAACACACUUCCGGUGCUGUUGUGCCACGUUUGACGGAAGAAAGUACAAAAGAGAGAGAAGAGGAUAAAUCCACAUGAAAAACUUGAUCCCCUGAGUGAUCAACAUCCUUUGGCAGAUUCAUGUAUGAAAUCAUGUAAAAACAUGCUUAAUAAAAUCAAUCAAUUGUCA